CAUCGGUUUCCACAAUCAACGACCCUCAAACUCCAAUCCCGUUUUCCAUUUGGCGUCUCACUCUUCCCUCUCCGAACCAGCUUCGUCCUUCUCCCUCUCUCCCAGCUUUUCUCUGUUUCAUAACUGAAAUUGGGUCAGCUCAGAAAAACAUGAGCAAUGAAAACCAUCGCCACAAUCACCAUCGGUUUCAGCAUCAGAGGCUCCAUGUCCAGGAAAGAACCACAUUCCUGCCGAUGCUCUGUUCAAGGCCGUCAAUCAAAGAUGUGAGCCUUCCAAGGUGGAAGGACCCGCCGGCGUCUGUCUCCGACGACCCUUUGUCCCCUAGGAUCGGCUGCAUGGGCCAGGUGAAGAGGAACAACAAGAUAGUUGGCUUCCCUACUUCUCAUAGACUCACCACAUCCAUCUCCCCUCCCGCUUUUGGCAAGUACUCCAAGCUUAAAAGGCUCUUCUCCGGAAAAAGCUUGAGCGCCAAUCCGGCCACCGUUGCUACUGUUUCUACUACCUGUGGAAGAAGGGUUCGAAUGAGUAAUACUGAUGGGUUCAGGAACGAUAAUGAAGCUUCUGUAGCUUUGAGCAUUGAGAAUAUGGAUCCGCCCUUGCCGGUGAUCAAGAGGGUGCAGAGGAAGUCUGAAGAAGAAAGCCAGGCUGAUAGUCUUUGGAAAAGGAGGUCUGGUGGCGUUGCAUUGAAAAGUCUGCAGCUUCAACAGAUUCAUCAUCCAAGGCAUCAUCUUCAGCCUACUAGUGUUUGAUCACAAAAUCUCUGCACUCGAAGUGAAAGGGUAAGAUAGAUGAUGAAAGCCCUUUCUUCCCCUCUUUCUUAUUUGGAUUUUUCAUAUAACAUAAUGUAAAUGAUCACGUAUUGUUUGAUUUUCUGGAGUACAUAAGAUGGUGGGGAUCCAUACUGUUGGGUUCCAGGAACA